AUGUGUCCUAAAGACGCGAUAUACUUUUCAGAGCUGACCCAUCUUCCUCCAAGUUACACAAACAGUUCCAGCAACAUGUCCACCACCGACCAGAAACUCCCCAUUGACUCCCAGCCCCUUGACGAGAAGGCUCCCUCUUACGAGGAGGCUACUCUCGAGGAGGCUCCCUCCAAGCAGCUCGACAACGUUGACCCCGAGGCCCAGACCGAGCAGCCCAAGCGAAAGUGCCGAAAGGCCCUGUGGGUCAUUCUCGGUCUGCUUUUCCUCUCCCCCAUCAUUGGCAUGUCUAUUGAUGCCUGCAACGAGAUGAUGGUGCGAGAGGCCGGUACUCCUCACCAUGGCCAGCACCACGGCAAGCACCACGGCGAGCACCACGGCGAGCACCAUGGCAACAACCAGAUGAUGCCUGCUGGCGACCGACAUGGCAAACACCACGGUAUGAUGCGAGGCCGACCUCACGGCAUGAUGCGACCUGGCAACAUGCCCUGUGACGAGGACAAGAAGCAGAUGCAGACCGUCCGAGUCCACUACAUUCUCCCCAACGGCGAGCACAAGGUGGCCGAAAUUCAUGGCGGCCGAUUCUUCCCUGGUCGACCUCAGCCUGAGGAGCAGGAGAAGCCUGAGGACAAGUCUGAGGACAAGGUUGAGGAGGAGUCCGAUUCCGAUUCCGACUCUGACUCCGACUCCGACUCCGACUCUGACUCUGACUCUGACGAUGAGGAGGAGACCGUCCAGGUCGCCCCUGUUCCUCAGGUUGAGUAG